UAACUCGGCUGGGGUUUCUCUUGCAAAACGCUCUGAAACAGAUUAAGCUGUGACUGAAUUUGCCUCGGAGUCACAUGGUCCCAGUUAUGAAAGAGGAUCUCCCAUGCUUUAUAACUGAACAGUGAGCCUCUUGUCUGGCAAGGGUUUGCUUUGUCUCCGCCGCUCACCAAUGUCUUGAUAAGCCCGCGCUGAAGUCCACUAAUCUCUAAAGAACCUUGCCUGCCUCAAGAACUUCACCUCUGAAGGGAAAUCUUACCCGUAGCGUUUGCCCAUGUUUAAUUUAUUGUUUGCUGUUUGCUGGGGAUCAGUAUAAGCGUAGACUGAAAAUGACUUCGGCCCUGAGGAGAGUGUAUCACAUCUCGGCAUUCAGCUGGUACGCUUUUGUCGUUAAGAGCCUCACGGCCAAGGAUGGAGAGGAGCUGCCACCAGGAAUCUUUGUUUACGGAGGACCUUGGAAGUACCUCACGUUUUUGAAUUUGUUGUUGCAGAUGACAUUCUUUGGACUGGCAGCAGUGAACGAUCUACAACCUGGGAAGAAGGCAGAGAGCACUCUGACCAGAUGUAAAGACUACCUCUUCUCUGUCUUUGCCUUCCCUGUGGGCAUGUUUGUGGUGCUACUUUUCUGGACAAUCUUUGCCUAUGACAGAGAGUUAGUGUACCCAGCUAGCAUCGACGCCUUCUUCCCUCCCUGGAUUAACCACGCUAUGCACACAUUAGUCCUUCCUGUUUUACUUGGAGAAAUGCUGGUGCAGCCUCACAUCUACCCACAGACCAAACAUGCGCUGGCAGCAUUAGGAGUUGUGGGCUUGUCUUAUUUAUUUUGGAUUGUAUGGGUGUAUGUGUCAGUCGGGAUUUGGGUGUACCCCCUCCUUGGGCGCUUCAGUGCCGCAGGUCUGGUGGUCUUCUUCUUUUUCAACAUGUCCGUGGUGACUUUGCUCUACCUGCUUGGGGACAAGCUCAACAGCCGCGUCUGGAGAAAGGCCAAAGCAAAGUAUGUCUGACAAAUAAAGUCAUCCAGUGGCAACUCCUUAAAGUGACAGAAUGUUAUUUUUCAGACAGCUUGCAAAAUAAAAGUUUGAGAGCUUUUUUUCUUA